AUGUCAAAUAUCGAUAAACCAGCGAACGGUGUGAUGUCCCGACCAGAAUCUACUUUACCUACUCCCGCACUCUCACCCUCCAAUUCCGCUGGACCUUCACCGGCGUUCUCAACCGUCCUUCAAUCUCCCGCCGUAUCAGAGUUUGAACUUGAGAACCCAUUCGAUAAACUCCAAUCUCAAGCUAGAGGGGAUGGAUGGAAUAUACCCGAAUGUUGGGGUCACAGAGGUGCUUCAGCAAGUUUUCCCGAGAAUACGAAAGCAUCCUUUGUAGAGGCUUGUAAAGCCGGCGCAGAUGGUAUCGAGACGGAUAUCCACAUAACAGCGGAUAACGUGCUUGUCCUGUUUCAUGAUCCGGAACUUCAUCGAACGACCGAUGGUCAAGGAUUGAUACAUAAACAGCCAUGGAAUGGUGUGUUGGAACACGUUCGAACUAAGAAAGCACCUCAUCAACCUAUCCCCAAAUUCACCGAAGUCUUAGAUAUCCUCUUACAACCUGAAAAUAUCAAUGUCAAAUUGAAUAUCGAUUGCAAAGUCGAGAAUGAUCCUGUUAAAUUGUUCGGAUUGAUCAAAGAUGUCGUACAAGGAUAUGAAGAUUGGCAGAAUAGGUUGGCACCUAGAUUGAUCCUGGGUAUCUGGCAUCCCAAAUUCAUCACUCCUGCAUGUACCAUCCUCCCUUACCUCCCCCGAUACGCCAUCUCCAUGUCACUCCCUCAAUGUCGUAAAUACUUUUUCGACAACUGCCACGGCUUUUCGAUAUUGUACGAAGCUCUCGCGUCUUCUGACGGAGCUCGGUUCCGUGCUGAAUGUGCGGCAAAGGGUAAAUCCAUUUGUGCUUGGACGGUGAACAACGAAGAGGAGAUGAGACAAUGUGGGAGAUGGGGUGUGAAGAGUGUCAUAAGUGAUAAACCAGAUUUAUGGAGGAGUAUAAGGAAAGAGAUCGAAACGGAUAGAGUCAAAGCCUUGAAACCUACCAUCCAAUCAUACAUCUUACCAUUCCUGAAUCCUAGGUAUUAUUGGUUCUAUCAUCAACGUCUCGCAAGGGAAGAGACAGAAUACCUAGAACGAGAAGGUGGAACUUUUGAUAUUCACCUUCCAGAGAUAUCAUUAGGUAUAUCCAAACCUCCUAACACCACUACCAUGUAA